GUGUUUGAAAAUGUCUGCUCAUCUGCAGUGGAUGGUUAUCCGUAACUGCUCCAGCUUCCUCAUCAAGAGGAAUGGGCAGACCUACAGCACUGAACCCAAUAACCUGAAGUCCAAGAACUCCUUCCGUUUCAAUGGGCUUGUCCACAGAAAAACUGUUGGUGUGGAGCCUGCAGCUGAUGGAAAGGGAGUAGUGGUAGUCCUCAAGAAGCGUGCAGGUCAGCGUAAACCAGCCACAUCUUAUGAGAAGAUCACCAUCAACAAGAACUCCCGUGCUACCCUGAACAGCCUGCGCCACAUCAUCCGCAAGAAUAGCUACAGGAAGGAUCUUCGUAUGGCUGCUCUGCGUCGUGCUAGCGCCAUUCUAAGGAGCCAGAAGCCAGUGGUUGUAAGGAAGAAGCGCACCAGGGCUGCCAAGACAGCAUAAACUGACUAAAUAUUGUCAAUAAAGAUUUGCUAACACA